AUGGCUUCGCUGCGUCGGGCUGCUCCGCUGGUGUUUCCCGCCUUGGGUCGGCAUACGGCCACUGUGAUUUUCAUCCACGGGCUGGGUGACAGCGGCAGCGGCUGGGCCGAUGCCGUGCAGAUGUGGCAGAGGAAGCACCGGCUGGACGAGGUCAAGUUUGUGCUGCCAAAUGCUCGCAUCAUGCCCAUCACAAUGAAUCAAGGCUACCCCAUGCCUGCUUGGUUCGACGUCAGAACUCUCGGUGGCGCAUCCGGCAGAACCCUGGAUGCCAAAGCUCGCGAUGAGGACGAGGCUGGUAUUCUCGAGUCUCGCGCCUACCUGUACUCUCUCAUCCAGCAAGAGGUUUCAGAGGGCAUCUCGUCUGAACGCAUUGUGCUUGGUGGCUUUUCUCAAGGCGGUGCCAUGAGCAUCUUCUCUGGCUUGACGGCUCCCUUCAAGCUUGGUGGCAUUGUCGGCUUGUCCUCCUGGAUGCUUCUUCAUCACAAAUUCAAGGAGUUCAUCCCAGAGUCAAACCCGAACAAGGAAACCCCAAUCUUCAUGGGACAUGGAGACAUCGACCAGUUGGUUCUUUAUGAGUGGGGAUUGGCCACCGAGCAAAAGCUCAAGGAACUUGGCUUUGACGUGAAGCUGGAAACAUAUGAGGGUAUGCAGCACUCUGCCUGCAUCCAAGAGUUUGAUGACGUCGAGUCGUUUCUCGUAUCCAGACUCGCCUCAGACAAGGCUUGA